AUGUCAAGAUUCUUGGAGCAGCUUCUUGCAAAAUUUUGUCCCUCUGUUACACCUUUAUCGUCCACAAAACGGUCUGACCCGCCGUUACGCCGUAUCAUCAUGAAUUUCGUCGGCUCGUCGGCUCAUAAAUACGGAAUACUGGAUAUUCAGGGUUACGACGAUUCCGCUGGUGCUAUGGACGACGUGCAGGUGGGCUUGUGCUCCUUCCCCAUGUGGUCUGAGCAGAUUCGCUGCGUUUGGUCGAAUAUCUUCAGAAUCUUUUACGAUAAGCCUCCGGUCUUGGACACCGAUGGCCAGGGCUCAAUACUAGCAAAUUGCCAGAUGCUAGUUGAAAAGGCGGAAGAACUCCAUUCAACCAGCGUUGUCUCUCGCGCCAUUCAGACGACUCUGGUCACUUUCGACCAAACGCUCUACCAACUCAUCUCACAGGACCCAGUCUCCUGGGUAAAACUCGCAGUUUGCAUCCAAUCGGGCUCUAUAUUCCAGGAGUCUAUGAUUCACCUAGUGGGAAAAUGGGGCUUUCUUGAAGAAAAAGCACGGGAAUCCUUGCCCAAGAGUGUUCGUACUUUGUGCGUCCAGAAGAUCCAAGGCCUGAACGACAUAAAAAAGGCCGUGGAGUUUCAGAUAGUGAAUCGCCUCCCUCAUCCACGCUCAGACAAGGCUUACUAUCGCGAAACGAAAAAUGUAUAUGGAUGGAUGGCGUUGACCUUCUACCAACAGUGGCUCUGCCAAUCUUUUGCGGGAGGUCGGAACUACCAUGCUCCAGAUGGAGGCGCAGCCUUCUACCGCAAGAUUGCUGCAGGAGACGAUUCCUGUUUGAAUGAAUUUGAUCAAACUGUUGGACAGCUCUCUGCUUCCCUCGAAUUCGGCAAUGAACAGCAGAAGGAGCUAAAGAAAGACCUGGAUGAGCUCAAGAAAGCUAUGAAGCACAUCGUCUCGGAUUUGCUCGUCAACGAAGCCAAGUAUGAUCCGGUUCUCAGUGGCGAGCUUUCAUACCUGACCUGCUGUCAAGUCAGGGAGGAGGAAAUGCCCUUACCAGAAACACUGAGCUACAAACUCCCAGGCAUCAAGGAUAUUAUGGGCGUGCCUAACAGCAACACCCACAUUCCCAACAAUAAUCACUUCCGUCAGUCCUUUAUUCCUGGGCCUACUGAGUCUCUUAUGGACGGUUCCAGCACCAUGAUGGGUCUCAACAAUAAUAACCUAGGAAAUGAUUUCUUGCUGAGCCCCGUGCUGCAAAAUCCCGCCAUCUCUACCUUCGACUCAUUAAACACCUUCACCGCCGAUCCCACUAUGGCCUGGGAUGACUCGAUGGGCUAUUCAUCCUCAUCCCUCAACCUGGUGGCCCCGUCUUUGCCAUCCCUCUCGCCUAUGACCAUUCCCAGCGGCAAUGGUCUCUUUGAGAGCCCGGCGGAUUUCGACCAGUUCAGCAACCCAGGAGGUAAUAUGAAUGUGUUUGAUUUAUCCAUAACGGAAGAUGAUAAUCCAUUGAUGCAAAAUGGCGGUGGUGAGGGGGGUUUGGCGUUUCUUUGA